AAAAAAAAAAAAACUUGCAUGUCAUAUAUAGUUAUGGCCAAAAUUUGCAAUCUUUCUCUUUGCUUUUGCAAUUUUCAUUCUGCUCCAUCACCAUACUUCACAUGCUAGUGUACCUAAUAUCAGCACUGAUGAAGCUGCUCUUCUUGCACUGAAAUCACACAUUUCUUCUCAUCCUAACAACAUCUUAGAAAGUAACUGGUCUUCUUCGAGCUCAGUUUGCAGCUGGAUUGGAGUCACUUGCAGUUCCCGCCACCGUCGAGUCACUGCUUUAAACAUUUCUGACAUGCAACUUCAUGGUAUCAUUCCUCCACACCUUGGAAACCUCUCAUUUCUCGUCUCCCUCGACAUUAGUCACAACACUUUUCAUGGAGAUUUUCCGGAAGAGUUGGCUCAUCUGCAGAGGUUGAAAGCGAUUGAUGUCACAAGCAAUAACUUCACCGGAGCCAUUCCAUCAUUUUUAAGGUUGUUACCAAACCUACGCUUUGUGUGCCUCUCGAGCAACCAAUUUUCAGGGAAAAUCUCAUCUUCCCUUUCCAAUCUGACAAAACUGGAAGUGUUGGGCUUGCAGAACAAUUUUCUCGAGGGAGAGAUCCCUCGAGAAAUCAGUGAUCUUCGUUAUUUGACUGUCCUAGAUCUGCAAUUUAAUCAACUUACUGGCUCCAUCCCACCAUUAAUCUUUAACAUUACUACAAUGCAAGUAAUUGCUCUUAACGGCAACAAUCUUACUGGUAAGCUUCCAAAUAUGAUAUGUGAUCGCCUUCCAGACUUGGAAGGACUUUACCUCAGAAGAAACUCCCUAGAUGGAGUUAUUCCACCAAACCUGGAGAAAUGCAGAAAUCUUCAAAUAUUGGUAUUGGGUGAGAAUGAGUUUGCUGGAACUGUGCCAAGAGAGCUAGCCAACUUAACAGCUCUUACAAGGUUACAUAUUGGUUUUCUACAUUUGGAAGGAGAGAUACCAGUGGAGCUAGGUAAUCUUAAGAAACUACAAAGGGUAAGUUUGUCACAGAAUGAGUUGACUGGUUCUGUCCCUGCAAGCAUUUUCAACAUGUCAUCACUGCAGGCCCUAGAUCUUGCACAAAACAAACUUUCAGGCACUCUACCUUCAGAUUUAGGCCGUGGAAUGCCCAUCCUAGAACAAAUUCUUUGUGGAGGAAAUAAUCUGAGUGGCUUAAUCUCUUCUUCAAUCUCAAAUUCUUCAAGACUCAGAGUGAUUGAUCUUUCAGUCAACAGUUUCACAGGUCCAAUUCCUGAAUCACUUGGUAACUUAGAAUACCUCGAGGAUCUAAACUUGAGAGAAAAUAAUCUUUUCAGCGAUUCAACAUUCAGCUUCCUUGCAUCAUUGACAAACUGUAGAAAUUUAAGACUACUGUGGUUUGGUGAUAAUCCGUUGGAUGGUGUUUUGCCUGCAUCUAUCGGAAAUUUAUCCAACUCUCUAAAUUCUUUUGAAGGAAAUGGCUGUAAACUGAAGGGCGUCAUUCCUCAAGAGAUUAGUAAUCUUACUGGAGUGAUACACAUGAGUCUGCAUAACAAUGGGUUGAGUGGACAUAUUCUUAAUACUGUCCAGGGCAUGUUGAACCUUCAAGAAUUUUACAUACAAAGCAACAAGAUAAUAGGAACCAUACCAGAUGUUAUAUGUAGUUUAAAGAAUCUUGGUGCAUUAGACUUGUCAAGAAAUAAGUUUUCCGGUUCGGUGCCACCAUGCUUAGGGAAUGUCACUAGUUUGAGGAAACUUUAG